ACUCCCCUGGUUUUGACCUAAACCUCAUAAACCCUUCUCUCUCUGUUUCUCUCUCUACAGUCUUUUAACAGAUAGAUAUAGAGAGAGAAAGCUUGAAAACAGUUAAAGCAAUCCACAGGGAUAAAGGGGAGAUGGCGACAAACCAGUUUCCGGACGAUUUCCGGUGCCCGAUUUCGCUCGAGAUUAUGUCCGACCCGGUUAUUCUCUCCUCGGGUCACACCUUCGACCGGUCGUCUAUUCAACGCUGGCUGGACUCCGGUCACCGGACUUGCCCGAUUACCAAUUUGCCCAUUUCCGACCCGCCCUGCCUCAUACCAAACCACGCUCUCCGGAGCCUUAUUUCCAAUUAUACCCUCGUCUCCUUGCCCGUGCCGCAGGCGGACCCGCAGGCCCUAAUUCAGACCCUGAUUUCGAAAUCCGCUCCGGUGGACUCUAAGCUCAGCUCGUUGGACCAGUUGAGCAGGCUCUGCAAGCGGGAUUCGGCGAUUCGUCGCCGCCUGAGCGAGUCCGGCGGCGUCUCCGCCGUGCUGAACUGCGUGGACGCGGAUGGGGACUCCGGGUUACAGGAGAAAGCCCUCCACUUGCUCUUAAACUUGAGUUUGGAUGACGAUAAUAAGGUGGGGUUGGUUGCGGAAGGCGUGGUGGGGAAAGUCGUGGCCGCCCUCCGCGUCGGCUCCGGUGACUCUCGGGCCGUCGCCGCCACCGUGCUGACGAGCCUGACGGUGGUGGAGGUGAACAAGGCGACGAUUGGAGCCUACCCAGACGCGAUUCCCGGUCUAGUUUGGCUUCUUUGGUACGGGAACGCCCGGGAAAGAAAAGAGGCCGCUACUGCUCUCUACACGCUCUGUUCAUUCCCCGAUAAUCGCCUCCGGGCAGUGGAGAAUCACGCCGUGCAUAUUCUUAUCCAGAAUUCAAACUCCGGCCUCGAACGAGCGGUGGAGGUUCUGGGAUUAUUAUCAAAAUGCAAAGAGGGUAGACAAGAAAUGAUGAAAUAUGGUGGUUUCUUAGACACCUUGCUGGAGUUCUUGAAAAAUGGAUCCUCCAGAGGCGUCCAAUACGCCCUUUUGACGAUUAACAUGCUGUGUACUUUCAGUGAACAUAUGUGUAUAGAGGCCAUUAGAAAAGGGGUUUUUGAAAUUUGUGUUCAACUAUUGGAGGAUGAAAAUGAGAAGGUGAGAAGAAAUGCCAAUACUUUGAUUCAGGUUUUGCAGGGGAAAAAAGGAGUCUUUAGUAGAAAUGGAAUGUCUUGACUGUGAUUUCAUGGAGCUCUGAUCCUAAACUAGAGGUAAGUUGGGAUUUCCUGAAACUUUUUUUUUUUUUUUUUCUUUUCCCUUUGUACAAAAAGAUCAGAAUUUGAAGGAGAAAUCUUGUUCUUUGUUGUAUAUUUAUCAAUAAACAUGAUAUGUGAAAGGGCUUAUGCGUUCGCUGUCUCUUUGCUGUGUUAGAGAAGAUUCAAAAUCAUUUUUUGACAAGUCUUUUACAGUUUUGCUCUUCUCAAGUUUUGCUAAUUGUCCCAGUAUCUAUGUCUGAGGACUCAAACAGGAAAGGAAUUACCACAAAAGAAGAAAGUAUUGUAUUCACUAUUCAGUGAUUUGAUCAUUGGAAAUUCGA